CUUUCCUGGAGUAGCAUUUCUCUCUCGGUGUGUUUGAAGACGCACAAACUUCCUGCAGAAAAAAUCGAACUCAUUCAAGGAUCUAGAGCUGGAGAUAUAAAGUCCUUAAGAUGUUUUUGACCAGAUCGGAGUACGACAGAGGAGUAAACACAUUUUCUCCAGAGGGACGACUGUUCCAAGUGGAAUAUGCUAUUGAGGCUAUUAAGCUGGGCUCCACAGCCAUUGGCAUCCAGACAUCUGAGGGGGUGUGUCUGGCCGUGGAGAAGAGGAUCACGUCUCCUCUGAUGGAGCCCAGCAGCAUCGAGAAGAUCGUGGAGAUCGACACCCAUAUCGGUUGUGCUAUGAGUGGCUUGAUAGCUGAUGCCAAGACUCUUAUCGACAAAGCAAGAGUGGAGACACAGAACCACUGGUUUACCUACAACGAGACCAUGACAGUGGAGAGUGUGACCCAGGCCGUGUCUAACUUGGCCCUGCAGUUUGGAGAGGAGGACGCAGACCCUGGAGCUAUGAGCCGACCCUUCGGUGUAGCGCUUCUCUUUGGAGGACUGGACGAGAAAGGGCCCCAGCUGUACCACAUGGAUCCGUCGGGCACCUUUGUCCAGUGUGAUGCACGGGCCAUCGGCUCUGCCUCUGAGGGAGCCCAGAGCUCUCUGCAGGAGGUCUACCACAAGUCCAUGACGUUAAAAGACGCCAUCAAGUCUUCCCUCACCAUCCUAAAGCAGGUGAUGGAGGAGAAGCUGAAUGCCACCAACAUCGAGUUGGCCACAAUAGAGCCAGGCAAGACCUUCCACAUGUACUCCAAAGAAGAGCUGGAGGAUGUUAUCAAGGACAUCUAGAGCAGAGUGUGGGGCUCUUGUGGACCUAGUCAGCGCAGAGGAGAGCUAAUCCACCCAGGCUCUGAGGAUAACCACACAGCAACAACUAUGUUUCCCAUCAGCACUCUCACUCGCUGCAUUCAUUAGUUCCUUGUGUGGAUGGGAGGCAACUCUUUAAUGUUGUAUUUUAAAUUCAUUUCUUGUCUUCAUACUGCAGAUUUCUACUGUUCAGUACAGGCAUCAGUCAGAUCAGUGCUUAGAGCUGAGUGACAUAAAAAAAUGGGGGUACUUUUUGUUACGGAUCCAUGCGAAAAUAAAACAGUUGUAUUCUAAAAAUA